AUGGACCGCCAAGGCACGCCUGGCGGCGAUGGCUACGGCGAGGAGUGGGCGCGGGACCUUCGGGUCAAGUUCGAGGGUCUCCUUCGCGACAAGCGUAUGAAUGACCUCCGUUCCUCUUCCCGACACGGAUCUCCAAGCCUCGGCGAACGAGCCUCGAGCGCCAAUUUGCGAAGUCCUACUCCUGCUGGCAGCAGCCGACCCUCGACAUCCAACGGUCCUACUCCUCCCUCUUACUCCGCCCUCCGACAUCUCCCCAAGAUCCCAACUCCUCCCGAUGCCAGCGACCGUGACUCCCAGAAAUUCAGAAACCUCCUCAUCAGCCUAUCAUUAACACCAACAAAGUACGAAAACCCCGGUUUGUUGGACGAGGCUCUCCAGACCAUUCCAUUGGAUCGUAUCUAUGGCGAGGCUGAGGAGGAGACACAAGUUCUCCAAGCUCAGGCUGAGAGUAUGGGAGACGGACGGCAACCUGAAUGGGGUUACCAAGACUGCGUUAUCAGGGCACUAUUGAGGUGGUUUAAGCGAUCAUUCUUCACAUGGGUCAACAACCCACCGUGCCCUGUCUGCUUAUCCCCUACUAUUGCCCAGGGCAUGACUGCCCCUACACCUGAAGAGAGUGCCUGCGGUGCUCUUCGAGUGGAAUUGUACCGAUGCUCUGCACACAACUGUGGAGCUUAUGAACGCUUCCCCCGAUAUGGCGACGUUUGGCGAUUACUCCAGACCCGACGAGGCCGCGUUGGUGAAUGGGCCAACUGCUUCAGCAUGCUUUGCCGAGCUGUUGGUGGUCGUGUACGCUGGGUCUGGAACGCCGAGGACCAUGUCUGGACCGAAGUUUAUUCGGAUCACCAGAAGCGAUGGGUGCAUGUGGAUGCCUGCGAAGAAGCCUGGGACAACCCUCGUCUCUAUGCUGAGGGAUGGGGCAAGAAGAUGUCCUACUGCAUUGCAUUCUCCAUUGACGGUGCUACUGAUGUUACCCGACGAUAUGUGCGCAAGAACGAGCACGCCACCGAGCGCAACCGAUGCCCCGAAGAGGUCCUGCUCUACAUUAUGCAGGAGAUCAAGAACAUCCGACGAGCCAACAUGAGCAAGGAUGAACGAUUUCGCUUGGAGAAGGAGGAUAGCCGAGAGGACCGCCAAAUGCGGGGCUAUGUUGUGGCUUCGAUUGCCCAAGCUGUGACAGAUCUGGUUCCUGGAUCUCCAGGCGGUGCGUCUGGAAAUGAUACCAAGUUGCCUGCAGAGCAACCUGGAAUUCAGUCGGGAUCCACGGAGUGGGUGGCUGCCCAACAACAACAAUCUCGCAACCACCGCUAUCAGCAACCCCGAGAUCCCAGCCACCGAAGACCUUUGCCUUGAGCAGGAUGCGCGCUUUUGUUGUGCGACCUGCUCGGCUUUGUGUUCGAGGCUGCUCCAUAUACCCUACCCACCAACCGACCACUUCGAUCAAGAUCAGGAUCACGACGCAGUCAAGUCAGCUACACCGCCCCUCGACGGAGCUGUGAUACCCACCUCGUGGCUUGCCACGACAUCUAUCCGACGACCUCGAUGAUAGUACCACGGCUCUAAACCCACACGACCUCCAUGAUACUCUCACUUCGACGACUCGUUACGGCCACAACCUAAUUCCCUUCAUGUCUAAUACAUCUUUGUCAAGCCAUAGCAUAGACUCGGCGUUGAACCAUUCUACCAAUCCGGCCUGUCACUAGAUGGCACGGCCUGUACUUACUACAACAUGGACUUCCAUUUCCUUUGUUACCUUUUUUUAUAUCAUCUAUUUACAAGGGGCGUAUCAAGGCGGGUGGCAUAUAUAUGAAUCUGUACCCUACGGUGAGCGGGGAUGGGAUGUAUCCCACGCUCUGGGGCGUUUGGAUAGGUUUACCUUUCGGCUAUCAUGAGCGAUAUGAGGCCAGUCAAAAGAGAAGGAUGAGUAGUUGAAGAAGAUAGGAACAAAUCAAUGCCAUGGCGCAUUUUCAUUCAGUUGACUUAUACAUUUGUCCCACAAUAGCGAUCUGUGCCAGUCCGUGAUUCCACCUUGGAACCUGCUUGCAGCCCAUGUCUCUGUCGUGUUAGUGGUGGCAUAUCUAGGUAUUCAGCGGUCUUUGUCAACAAUGAAGAUUCUUACCUAAAGAAUAUGAGAAAACUAUGAAAAGAACUUCACAUUAUUAUAAAACAACAAUAUGA